UGAAGUUUCUUGAUGGUGAUGUAAGAGAACAUAGAGUGCUUUGGAGUGUUGUGUAGUGAAGCAUUUAAUUGAAGUAAGUUUGCUUUUGUUUUUUUUCCCCUCAGAGUCCAGUGUAUUGCUCUCUUAAUGUCAGCUUGAUUUCCUUUUAUCAUAAGGUUAAAGGAAAGAUGAAUGUGACUUGCUUCAGACAACUGUAAUGCUUGACCACAUCCUGUAAUCAUCAUCUAGGGAACGCAGAGGGUCAGACUCCUAAGAGAGUCAGUUUAUCCUUUGGCCCGGUGUGGUCUGGAUGGAAGGGAUGAGGGACUUUAGAGCAGAGCUGUCCUGCUGGAAUGAGUGCGGAAGGGAGGCAGAGAUAGCCAGACAAACGUAGGUGGGGCUGCAAGGGAGCCAGGAAGGUUUCCCAAGCUGAGUGUCCGAGGUGAGAGUUCCUGGAAGUUGCCUUUAAGAAAUGCCCCCCAAAACCCAAAGUCCCCUCGGCCUGAGGCAAAAAGUACAUCUUGGAGAGUAUAAAACCACAGGGAACAUCGUCCCAGAGACUGUACUCCUGGAGCUGUGCCCCUUGUCCCAUCUUCUCUAGAAGAGCUUUCUGGCCGCAAGCUGUUGCUGCGUGGUGGUGGUGACGGGGAGUGGUGCUCUUGCUUUUGGGGCGCUCCGCACACAGCUGGAGAGCUAACAUCUGGAAAUCUCGUGGGUUGCCCUGCCUUAAACUGACUGCCCAAACCCAAACUCAGCUCCUUUCCUCCUAUGAGAGCAGUAGGUCAAGAAUUGUCCCCAUAACGACUCAUUUGAAAUUUUGCUCCAAACGCAAAGGGUUACAAAAAGACAAAGGGUCCUCAAUUUUGUACUUGCUUAAAUUUAACCUGAAAAAAACAUCACUACUGCCUCCUAAGUGGUCGAUUUAAGUUGCUUGACUUUACUUGUUCUACCUCAGUGACUGCUUUCUGGAAAUGUGGUGCUAAUGGAGUAUUUCCUCAUUUAUUUUUUUCCAUCAUUGUCUUCAUUGGUGCUAAACUGAGCUUUUUAUUUUUAAUGACACCAAGGUAGAGCUACUGCAUGAUUAGCGCAUAAGAGAUUUUAGUAACUCUUUGCAUCUGGGUUUUUUUAAUCACUGUAAGAGCACACUCUCAUUGUGGUUUCCUUUUAUGCUUGCUGUAUGCAUGUUUUCACUUCUUCUCAAGUCUUUAUUUUCAAAGUUUUCAGUUGAGGGUAAGUAGAGAUGAGUGUUUCCCCUCUUCCCUCUGUAGACUCUUGAGAGCGAACCCAUCUAAGCUCACCAAAGUGGCUCUUCUCAGGCAAUUUGUAACGUAUAACCCAAAUUCUGACCUCAUGCAGGAAGGCGGAGAGAAAAAAGGGGAAAGGGAGGGGGUCUCACAAAGAGGAAAGAAAUCCGUUCUUCCUGCAGCUGUGGGACCUCGGGCUUUCAGCAGUGAUGGCAGCGCUAUGGGCUAACGUAUGCCAGUAUUAGGCUUACGAUGCAGCAUUUGCAGUUCCUAAAAGGCUUAAAAACUUGAGCGUAACGAACCUCCACUGUGCCUUUUCUUGCCAGUCUUGGAAUGCUAAAUGUGCGCACAUUAACUCUAGUUUCUCUGACCCAUAUUGUUUUAUAAGUUAUAUUGCAUGACGUUCUGACUGAUUUUACAUUGUUCUUUCUGUUCUUUUAAUGCCUGUACGUGUGGGGUGCAGGAGGGGAGGAGAGGGAGGCCUUGUGCGCGAGAGCAUCUCGGCCCUCAGCUGACUCGUACACAAAUUGCCUGAGAAGCACUGUAGAAUAGAGUUCCAGGAGUGGGGUUUAGCUCUUGUAGCUGGGUUCUCUUUUGUAACUCAAUCUCAAAUAAUAGGGCUCUGGUUAUUUUGCAGAGUUGUCUCUGAAGAAUGGACAGAAUUGCCAUGGCUAACUACAAGCUACAGUUCACAGUGGACAAACGUUGUAGUUUUCUUAUUUACUUUUAUAAAUUACUCUUCUUCUUUUUUUUACUUUUUUUGUAUCUCAUAGUUUCCAAUCAGUCCUGUAUGAUUGCUGUUGUACAAUGCAGUUUAAAUGAUGUGUAAUAAUGUCGUUUUUAAGACAUGAAUGUUGCGGUGUUUUAUUUUCUUCAAUAAUUUCUGAAAAUGUCAAUCUCUCAAAAUUUACAGCUGCCCACAGUCCAAAAAGGGGGUAACGAAUUGACCCGAGAAAAUUAAAGAAUUCGGUUAACAGGCGACAGACGCGCGUGUGGUUAAGGACAUGGCGACAGGAAAGUCUAAAGGAUAUGGCUUCGUCUCCUUCUUCAAUAAAUGGGAUGCAGAGAACGCCAUUCAGCAGAUGGGUGGUCAGUGGCUCGGUGGAAGGCAAAUCCGAACAAACUGGGCUACCAGAAAACCUCCAGCUCCAAAGAGUACAUAUGAAACUAACGCCAAACAGCUCUCUUAUGAGGACGUGGUCAAUCAGUCCAGCCCGAGCAACUGCACCGUGUACUGCGGCGGCGUGACAUCAGGACUGACAGAACAGCUAAUGCGCCAGACCUUUUCUCCCUUCGGACAGAUCAUGGAAAUUCGAGUCUUCCCAGAUAAAGGCUACUCCUUCGUACGGUUUAAUUCCCACGAGAGUGCUGCGCAUGCCAUUGUUUCUGUCAAUGGGACGACUAUAGAAGGACACAUAGUGAAGUGCUACUGGGGCAAGGAGACGCCAGACAUGAUCAGUCCAGUCCAGCAGAAUCAGAUCACCUAUCCACCACCCUAUGGGCAGUGGGGCCAGUGGUACGGCAGCGCCCAGAUCGGCCAGUACGUGCCCAAUGGCUGGCAGGUCCCCGCCUAUGGGAUGUACGGGCAAGCAUGGAACCAGCAGGGCUUCAACCAGACACAGUCCUCGGCGGCAUGGAUGGGUGCCAGCUAUGGCGUGCAGCCUCCACAGGGGCAGAACGGCAGCGUGCUCGCCAACCAGACCGGCUACCGCGUGGCCGGCUUUGAAACACCCUGAGAAGGGGAGAACUGGGCAACUGGCGGGCUGGAGCCACGGCCACCGCCCGGAUCCAUCGGAUGCCAUGUAUUUAUUUAAGAGAAAGAAACCCAAAAACGUUUUUCAUCAUAAAAUCAUUGAAGAACGUAACAAAAACCACACGAGAUGCUGGAUGUCCGCCAACUUAUGCCUUCUUUUUCCUCCUUUUUUUUGUUUUUUGUGUUUCUGAAGAUCCACGUUUUUUUGAAACACAGCGAAUGCAGGGAGCGCUGCCGCUGGAAUUUUGGGGCAGCGCAUUGCACAUUGGGCAAAGCCGUUCCCUUCGUCCUUCUUUCCCUCGGGAGCAGCGCCCCGGUCCCGGUUUGCACCCCUCAAUGAUUCCAACUGUAUUAUAAACCCUUGUACAAAAAAGAAGAAGCCAAAAGCGCGCGCAAAAGCCGUCGCCGUUGAUUUUAAAGCAGCCUCUUGUAUAAAACCCCCCGCCUCCACGUUGCCCACGCAGGGUUUUCUUGAUGAUAAAUUAUGAGUUUACAUCGUUUUUUUUCUAUCUCAGCCUCGUUUUCAGGGUUGUCUUUGCCUUACAAAGGGGAGAGCGCCCGGCUCCGCUCCUCAGCAAGGAUUCCCACGCUGGGACAGCGAAACUUCUCUUGGGGACACAUUGACAAAUCUGUGAAGCAGCCGGGGCGGGGGGUGGGGGGUGGUUU